ACUGACUUGACGCUGUAAGCUUCCCAGGCGAGCUGCGAACCUCGGAGCUGACGACCCGCCGGGACGUAGUGGACCUUAUCCGUCACCGGGUACAUUUCGGUACAUUUUGUUAUUAUCCUGUGCUAAGGUUGAGCCUCUUCGGGGCAAAAUAAGGAGACAUCCUGGAAGCACCCGGAGAACCGCGGAUAUCCACGCACCAUGGAUGCUUCGUGACACGCGGCAGGUGUGAAGAGAUGUCGGCGGAGCCCCCGGCGACGACCGGCCGGGUGGUUCUGGUGAAGAAGAUCAUCAUGAAGGACGGAGCCGCGGGAAUCAAAAUCUGUGGUGUAUAAGAGUGCAAAGAAGACUCGUUACUGUUCCGGUCAUUGGCCUUUUUCUGGCAGCAUUUGUUGUAACUGUGGCCUCAACCUGUGGUGAUGGCUCAAAUAAUUCAGUAAAUACAGUGUGUAACAGCCCCAGCAGGGCAUCGGCAGGCCCAGCGUGUACCAUGCCGUGGUGGUGAUCUUCCUGGAGUUCUUCGCCUGGGGUCUGCUCACCACGCCGAUGCUCACUGUUUUACACGAAACAUUUCCCCAGCACACCUUCCUGAUGAAUGGGCUCAUUCAGGGCGUUAAGGGUCUGCUCUCCUUCAUGUCCGCUCCACUGAUCGGGGCGUUGUCAGACGUGUGGGGCAGGCGCUCCUUCCUGCUGGUCACCGUCUUCUUCACCUGCGCUCCAAUCCCUCUGAUGAGACUCAGCCCCUGGUGGUACUUCGCCAUGAUCUCCAUGUCUGGAGCCUUCUCUGUCACCUUCUCAGUCAUCUUUGCCUAUGUUGCUGAUGUGACAGAUGAAAGGGAGAGGAGUACGGCCUACGGUCUGGUGUCGGCGACCUUUGCAGCCAGCCUGGUGACCAGUCCGGCCAUCGGCGCGUACCUCUCAGCCUGGUACGGGGACAACCUGGUGGUCCUGGUGGCCACGCUCAUCGCUCUGGCUGACAUCUGCUUCAUCCUGCUGGCGGUGCCCGAGUCUCUGCCGGAAAAGAUGCGUCUCAACACCUGGGGAGCGCCCAUAUCCUGGGAGCAGGCCGACCCCUUCGCUUCUCUGAGGAAGGUGGGUCAGGACUCGGCGGUAUUACUGAUCUGUAUCACCGUGUUCCUGUCUUACUUGCCGGAAGCCGGACAGUACUCCAGCUUCUUCCUCUACCUGAGACAGAUCAUACACUUCUCGUCCACAACCAUCGCUGUUUUUAUUGGAGCAGUGGGCAUUCUGUCUAUUGUAGCGCAGACUCUCUUCCUCACUCUUCUAAUGAGAACUUUGGGAACUAAAAACACUGUUCUGUUGGGUUUGGGCUUCCAGAUUCUUCAGCUGGCUUGGUAUGGCCUUGGAUCAGAGCCAUGGAUGAUGUGGGCAGCCGGUGCUGUAGCUGCAAUGUCCUCCAUCACGUUCCCAGCUGUGUCGGCGCUGGUGUCACAGUCUGCGGAUGCUGAUAAACAAGGUGUGGUUCAGGGGAUGAUUACAGGAAUCAGAGGUCUGUGUAACGGUCUGGGCCCAGCUCUGUAUGGAUUCAUCUUCUUCCUCUUUAAUGUGGAGCUCAACACCAUGGACCCCAUCCAGAGUGAUUACAACAUCGACCCUCUGCCUUUGCACAGCCCCACUGAGCGAGCGCUCAUCCCUGGGCCACCCUUCCUGUUGGGCGCCUGCACUGUGGUCGUGGCCUUUCUUGUUGCACUCUUCAUCCCAGAGAAACCGUCCUGCUCCUCCUCUUCCUCUCAGCUGUCCCUCAGUGACAAGCCCCCCCCAGACAGUAAAGACUCCAUGUCCUCGCUGGCUGGCGUCCACAUCAACACACCCCUCCCCGGCAGUGACGAGGAGAGUCCUCCCGCCACCAGCGAUGAGGAUUUUGAGCCUCUGCUCCAUGACAGUAUAGUUUGAUGGACCACAUGGGGCGGGACUUACAUUGUGCUUUGAGUGAUUGCUAUUUUACAACAAAGACUAAUAAGCAGUAAUGCAUUUUCUUUGCCACAGAGCGGGACUAAGUGUACUUUCUUUGUCAGACGAAGCAUGGUUACCUUGCCUGAAGGCAGGGCCUCCAUUGUGCUUCACCGACCGACCAGGAGCAGAGACGCUCACAUCUUGUCAGGGGCCGUGUUUGUUAAACGAGGGCGCCUGGGAAGAAAGCGUUGCCAAAUAAGAUGUCAUUGUUUCAUUGGUCCGUCCAGGCAGAGGUUGUUUGAUUGGCACAGAGACGUCUGUGCCAGCAGGGAAUCCACAGUUUAAUGAAGGAAUUGAGGCAAAGCCCACAAAGAGAAUUAAGACAGAGGAGGAAUUCUUUAUUAGGAUUGAAGUUGAUUGUUUUUGUGGUUAAGAACACAAGGUGUGUAACUUCCAGCUGUAUCAUUCAAAGCUGUAUUUCAAUGUUGUAUUUUAUUUCUUAUCGGUUAUUGUACAGAGAAAAUAUGUCCAAAACAUAUUUACUUACUUUUCAGUUUUCUUUUCAGUUGCUCUAGAAAGAGGAACCCUUCUGUUAGUGUACAGUAUCUUACAUGCUAUGAGCUAUUGAUGCUAACAGUAUGAAUGUGACGAGCUGAGAGAGGAGUCACUCAAAAUGUGUUGAAAUAUCACUUUAGCCAAGUUUUCACUUUAAUCGAAAUUCUUAAGCUUGAACUCAAGAAAACCAUAGGAGAGUAUUGCAACAUCUCACUGGGUUGUUUUUCCACCUGUUGAUAUCUGUUUGUCACUACCUCAGAUAUGUGUGUUUUUAAUUACGCUCCACGUCUGUCACCUUUCUUUUUUAUACCAGAGUCACUUUAUAAAGUGCUGCUGCUUGCUGGCAGUGAAAAAAAACCUCAAACCUGCAACUUUACAGACUUGAGCUUUCCAGGUUAAACAGCACCUCUCCAGUCUGAGUAUUGUCCACUAUUUCCUGUUCAUUCAUUUUCACAGUGUUCACAUCCAUUUGUUUUUUGUGGUGCUACACACACUCCUGUUUAAAUAUUAUCUUGUGAUAUUUCCUGCCCCCUUUGUAGUCACCUCUGCACCAAUGGAUAUUCAAAGUACAUCAAUUUUUAUAAUACACACCAGAGUUUCUCUGAUUCCCUCUAUUAUACCAAAGCUGUUUCAUUUAUGAAAUUAGUUGUGUUUCUGUUGUGUUGUGCUGGGUUGUAGUGCACCUUCACAAUGAAACACCACUAGCUGGCACCAUGACACUCGAGCUUUACAUGAACAACAACGCUCCAGGCUCUGUUUGCUCAGGGUCCGCGUGCCUUCAUUUCACCUUUCCAGACUGGAGCCUUCCAUGCUUUCCUGCAGUUUAGCUUUUCAUUUUUAAUGCGUUUGCUUAACUCAUCUCAUUACCUAAAAUCACUCACUGGAUAAUUUACUUUAUUACUGGACAGUUAUUCUUCUCUAAAAUGUUGCAGAUCUGAGGUUGUUCCCUAACAGCAGUGAAUUAAUUUGUACUUGAAAUAUCCAACAGAAAUUUAAUGAGAGCUGUAGAAAAAAUGCUAAGAAGUUUAAAGUAUAUAACUGAUAUAGAGUGUAUAUAAUACAUUAAUAUGUACAUUUACAUAGGACUGAUAUAAUGGUUUUUGUAUAAAAUGUAAGUGAAGUGUAAGAAUGGUAUAAUUAUUGUGGUUGAUUGUGAUAUUGCUUCAGUUUUUACUUCUGUGUAGCUCAACGGGACAAACAAGCCUGAGUAGAGGAGCAGUCCCUCUGUGCAGCUAUUUCAUACAAACAUCACUUUUUCAUGUUUAGAUUAGACAACGAUUUAAGUCUAAUCUACUUAACAGUUCUUAGGUUUUUGUGUCUGAGUAUACUUACAUGCACACUAAUAUCUUACUCUGUGUAUGAUCAUGUCUGGGGUGUGAUGUUGGGCCCAAACACAACAGCCUGCUUAUUUACAUUCCUGCAGCUCAUCAACUUAAACAAGUUAGUUGGAUCAGAUCCAGUCAUGUAUAACACAGAUCUAUAUUUCUGUCAUCAGGUGAAGUUUCAUCCCAUUAUCAUGAUGAGUUGUUGGUCUUUUUUGAACGUUAUCCACUAAACCUACACUAAAAAUCUAGAUCUCCAGCCUCAGAUUAGUAGAAAUUCAGGUUCAUGUAGCAAGUAUUUGAUGUUUAUUUGAGCAAAUACACCAAACCCAGCUAAUAGGUAGGAUAUUAGUGUGUAUGUGAAAACUCAACUGAACCCACUCAGUUCAGAAGUUGUUAAACUGACUAAGUAAUGUAUAUACUGUUCAUAGACUGGAUGUCUGUACAUGUGAAGAAAUGAAAUGUACAUGGAGAUUCACUGUAAAUACACUUUGUCUAUUGUCUUGUCUGGACUUGUACCAGCCGGUUGUUGAGCAUUAGGAAAUAAACCAGAACAACACUUUGAAACUUAUUUAAAACAA